CUACUCGAGACAAAGUAGAGAGGCUUAACCCAAAAGCGUAAUAGUAACCCUAGUUUAGUUUCUCUUCCUCACGAAUUUGGCUCUCUGAUCUUCGUUGUCGAUCGGAUUUCAGAAUGGUAAGUCUCUCCCCAAGUUUACUUCCGAGUUUCAUCUUAUUCAUGAUUCUGUAAGCUUAGAUUAUCUUACGCGGAUUCGUUUUUUGUGAUGGAUACUGCAGGCGGAUUCUCCUUCUCAAAGGUGAGGCCUCUCUGCUUUCGAUCUCUCUGUUUGCUUUACUUCUGGAUAAUCAACAUGCAAUCAAUCAAUUCGUCUCCUCUCUUCCUCUUAAAUGGUUUUGUUUCUUGGCCGCGCUCUACUGGCGGAGCUCUUCAGCUCGCUGUCCGCUCUCAUUUUAAUCGUUCCAUUAAUGUUGUGUAUACCAGGCUCCACUUUUACAAUUGUUGCUAGUGGUUUUGGUCUAUGGCUGUUUUGGGAGAUACUUCUCCAUUGCUCACUUGUGAAUUGCGACUUGGAGAUAAAUUUUGUGUAUCUUCAUUAUUUUGUGUUGAGAGAGGUUGAAAACCUGAUCUUGUAUCGUUAUACUUGAGUUGGUGUUUAGGAUUUGUUUACACUUCUUAGUCAUUACAUGGUGAUGAUUGUACAAGGAACCACCAUAUAUGAGCGCCUUGUGUAUGUGAUGUGCAGUCCAUCUAGCUCUGUGCUGUGCCAGUUCUUUUGAUGCCCUUAGCAUUUUGCUGUGGCAGGAACUCACGGUCUCCAUCUCCUUGGAGAGGCCAGUCAAGGUCUAGAUCCCGGUCUAGGGCCAGGUCCAGGUCCAGGUCUAGAUCAUUGGACAGGCCGAAACAUAGAUCGCGCUCUCGCAGUCGUGGCAGGUACUCUUGAUGGACUUCAUUAUUUCAUUAUUAUCAUUGCAGUUCAUGUCCGCGCUAGGUGCGUUGGUACUUAUCCUUUCUCCUUUGCUCUUGAUGGCUGAUUUCCUCUGCUUUACUGCAUCCAGGAGUCGGGGCAGGGUUGAGGCUGUUAAUCCAGGAAACACUCUCUAUGUGACUGGCCUCUCUACAAGGGUCACUGAUAGGGAACUCGAAGAUCAUUUUGCAAAGGAGGGAAAGGUUGCCUCAUGUUUCCUUGUUGUGGAGCCCCGUACGCGCAUUUCUCGUGGGUUUGCUUUUGUCACGAUGGACUCUGUUGAGGAUGCGAACCGUUGUGUUAAGUAUCUGAACCAGUCUGUUCUGGAAGGACGAUAUAUAACUGUGGAGAAGUCUCGGAGGAAACGACCAAGGACUCCAACUCCAGGACAUUAUCUUGGUCUCAAGAACACAAGGGAUGAGGGACCUCGUGAUCGUGAUCGUGGUAGGUACCGAGGCGGUGGUGGAGGGGGUGGCUAUGGUUAUGAUGAUUACCGUAGGUCCCCGAGGCACGAUGACAACCGUAGGUCUCCAAGGCGGUCCCCAUAUGGAGGUGGCGGUCGUGACUAUUCUCCUCCUAGGCACUCUCCUUAUGGCGGUGGGAGAUCAAGGAGGUACCGGUCGAGGUCACCUUAAACUCCCUCUCGCUCUCAUAUUCUCUUUAAGUUUUCAGAGAGGAUAACCAUGGAUGUAGCCAUCCAGUCCAGACCUGCGAGUUAGUGCCGAUAGGGGGAGAGGUGUCUGUACUUGUUUGUACCGAGUUUGAGCCGGGUUGUAGUGAACAGGAGGAUUAGCCUUUUCAUGAUGUGGAUUUUUCUGUGUUGGUGUAACCCAAAUAUACUGUGGCUGCAGUCGUUAUGCCAAGUUGCUAGACAGCUGCUCAACAGCUCAGCGCUUUGUCUUUCAUUAUUAGCCUGGAAGCGUAUGAUUUGUUUGGUGUGUUAGGGUCUCAGGUUGUCGUCCGGAGAGUCGGGUUUGCUUAAAGCGAUGAUCAGCAUCUUGUGCCUUUGAAGGAGCCUUCUGCUUCAGUUGCUGCUCAUCUUUUACUUAAUCCAGUUUCUGGCAAUUAGAUCAUCCUAUCAAAAUCGCGAGCUGCAGUUGAAAUAGGUGGGUUCUGGUUCUGGAAAAGAAAAUCCUUCGAUCGCUCUUAGGUGUAAUGAACUGCAUACUUGGAA